GAACAGACUUGUCUCCCAUCAAGUGAACGAGAUCGUGAUUUCACAUUGAUCUCACUCGAAGUGUCGUUCAUCAAAGAUAAGUUCCAUAGCCAGAUCACAGAUAUGCCCACCCCACUAUCGUGGAUCUAUGAUGCGAUACUGCAUUUUCGGUUGUCCCCCUUCAUCAGAUUUGUUCGAUAUCAGGUAUAAUAUUCAUUUACUUUUGUAGAUUAACAAAUUGGGAAGCUACGGAUACUCAAUAUCGCUGUGAGCUACUUUUUAUCGUCACUUCCUUAUUCAACUACUAGGUAAUUCUUUCCUUCAUCGGCCCGAAAUUCUAGCAAUUUCUUCCUUUUCUGAAAAUCCCGUUCUGUUAAGAUUCAAUCUUUAAGAACAAUCCUUAAGUACCAGUCCUAUCAUUAUCAGUCCCAUCAAGUAUUAGUUCUAUCAUUCAUCAGCCUAUCAAGUACUGGUCCUAUCGACAAACAGUCCUAUCAAAUCACUUGCAAAUCAUCCAUACACACAUCUUACAAAAAUGCCUGAAAUACUACGAGUUGGAAUCAUAGGGCUUGGGGAGAUUGCACAGGUCUCACAUAUCACAGUCCUGAAUAACCUAUCCGACUAUUUCACCAUUACAUACCUCUGUGACCCCUCUGAAGCUGCUCUGGAGCAUUGUUCAAAAAAACACCCCCAAAUAACCACAGAUGCGGCACAGCUUUGUUCGUCUUCCGAUGUCGAUGUGGUUCUGAUAACAAGCGCACACGGUUUCCAUGCGUCCCAGGCCAUACUUGCCCUACAUAAUGAUAAAUACACCCUAGUAGAAAAGCCAUUGUGCUUAUGUUUCAGAGAUAUUGAGCAGCUUGAAGAAGCCGAAAAGGGAUCGGCAGGCAAGAUCUUUGUUGGGUAUCAAAGACGCUACGCUCAGGCAUUCGUUGAUGCCGUGAAGGAAGUAGGUGGCCUCGGCAAGAUUCAAUAUGCCCGUGUCAGAGAUAUCAUCGGACACAACAGCAAUUUUGUUGAUCAAUCGGCGACAUUCCCUAAGAAAUUCUCAGACUACAAGCAGGCGGAUUCCGAAGCUAUGUCGGCGGUUCUGAAUGAACAGAUUAUUCACGCGCUUGGGACAGAGUAUGAGAUGGACGUUACUCCUGCGGCCAAGGAGUUUUUCGGAUUCUUUUCAAUUCUCGCUACUCAUGAUUUGAGUGCAAUGAGAGAAAUACUUGGUGGCAUGCCUCAAAGAGUGCUGGGAUCAUCUCUGAGCUUACCAUUUUGGACGGUCUUGUUCCAAUUUGACGGCUUUGCUGUAACAUAUGAGUCGGGUGUUCAUGGCGUUCCAACAUUCGACGCCCAUCUAGAAGUAUAUUCGGAGGAUAAGAUCGUUCGGGUCAAUUAUGACAGUGGAUAUAUCAAAGGACUUCCUGUCACGAUGACAAUCAGGGAAAGAAUUGGUGAAUCGGGAUACCAGGAAAGAACUGUGAGGAAAACAUAUGAGGAUCCAUAUACUUUGGAAUUUUUAGAUUUUCAUGAUUGCGUUAUCAAUGGGAAGACCCCUAAGACAAGUGUGCAAGACGCGAAGAAAGAUUUGGAUCUUUUCAAGAUGAUCCUUCAAUCCUCAAAUUCCCUAUAAUAGAAUGCAUACCUAGGUAGAACAAUAAAACCCGAUUUUUUCAA